ACGAUAAUGACUUCGCAAAUAUUUGUUCGUGAUAUAAACCAACACAAAUAAAUCACUGUACACAUGUGUGUGAUAAAUCAUCGAUCAGUUUGUCUCAUCACGGCAUCAAGAUGUUGACAGAAAUUGCGAUAUUGUUUGCGAGCGUGGCCAUAUUAGCUACUUUAUUUGUAAAGUACAAAUACGGAUACUGGAAAAGAAGAAAUGUUCCUUAUUUGGAACCAACGUUUCCUACUGGAAAUAACAAGAGAUUUUUUCCAAAAGGAUUUGCGAUUGGGCAAUUAUCUCAGUAUUUCUAUGAUGAAUUCAAAGCAAGAGGGUUGAAAAUGGGAGGUGUUUUCUUGGGGUUAGAUCCAAAUUUGGUACUCUUGGACCCUGAAGAUGUGAGAACCGUAUUGAUCAAGGACUUCAAUAGUUUUGUGGACCGUGGGAUUUAUAUGACCAAUAAAGUUCCUAUCACUGUACAUAUGGUUUCACAGAGAGGCCCAGAAUGGAGGAAUGCCAGGGUGAAAUACACAAGCGUCUUCACAUCUGCGAAAAUGAAAAUUAUGUAUGAUACAAUGAAAGGAUGCAUAAAAAAUAUGAUGCCGACGUUGGACGACAGCUCAGAUAGAAAUCUCGAUGUCGACGUUAUGGACACGAUAGCACGUUUCACUACCGACUCAGUUGGUGCGUCGAUCUUUGGCCUGGAAUGCAAUUGUUUUAAAGAUCCAGAUGCGGAAUUCCGAAAACUCGGAAGACAUAUUUUCGAGCAGUUUUCUCUGGCAGACAAGAUGCGUUUCUUCAUGACUGUAUAUUUUCCCAAAUUGGCAGAGGAAAUAGGAAUUUCCAAUGUCCAACCGGAGGUAACGGAAAAAUUCAGUAAAAUCAUCAAAGAAACAGUGGAGUUCAGAGAAAAGAAUAAUGUGUCGAGGAAAGACUUUUUGGAUAUGUUGAUCCAACUCAAAAACUCAGGGGUACAAAUGACCAUGGACGAAAUAAUCGGCCAGACAUAUAUAUUUUUCAUUGCUGGAUUCGAAACAUCAGCUACCACCACAACUAUGACAUUGUUCGAACUGGCUGAAAAUCAAGAGGCUCAAGAUAGACUUAGAGAAGAAGUGAUGAGCACCUUCGAGAAAAAUAACAAUGAUUUUCCAUAUGAAUCAAUCAUGGAAAUGAAAUACCUCGGUCAAGCAGUCGAUGAAACUCUGAGAAAAUGGCCUCCAGUACAAACCUUUCCAAGGACAUGCGUGCAGGAUUACAAAUUCCCAGGUAAAAACUUAACCAUUGAGAAAGGAACGAAAGUGAUCAUCCCAGUUCUGGGACUGCAUCGAGAUCCAGACUAUUAUCCAGACCCGGAAAAAUGGAAUCCAGACCGAUUUGAGGAUAGAAAUAAAAAAUUACCAGCGUAUUACCCGUUCGGAGAUGGACCUAGGAAUUGUAUUGGUUCGCGUUUCGCCUUGAUGCAGAUCAAACUAGCUUUGGCAACCAUCUUGAUGAGCUACAAAGUUUUUCCAAGUCCUGUCACGAAAAAACCACUAGAGCUCGAUCCAGAUACCUUCGUCAUCACUGUAAAACCACGUGUACAUCUGAAAUUCAAGAAAAUUUGAUGAUUAUUGAUUUUUUCUAUUGGAAAAACAAUAACAAAUCACUUAUCAAUCAUAUCAUUAGGUAUAUUAUUAUGAUUGUAGUUACAAAUGAA